AUGGUAAGUGCGAGUAAAAAAAGAAAAGCUGAACAAAUUUUAAAAGAUGAACCGCGGAAUGCAUGGAACAAAGCCACAAAUUCCUUCUCCCGUGGGAAAACUGGAGACGGGAAUUUUUUCAUCACAGAGGAUGCCAAUGAAUGGAACGCUAUGUCUCCGCUGGGAACCCCAAUUGGACAGCCACUUAAAAAGUUCGAAAAUAAAUUAACCUUCAACAAAAGCGUUGCACUGUGUUAUAUGUUCAUAUUUAAAAAGUAUAAAACAAUUGACCAUUCAAAUUAUAAGUAUUGGUCCGGGUGA